AUGUCGUCCUUCGACUCAUUUCCUAACGAGGACGAACCCCAUUACCCCUCCCCCACCACUCAACCUUUCGACGACGAUGUAACCAUGGGCUACGAGUCGUCGUUCAACCCUCCCACCCAGGCCGACUUCCCCUCCUCCGACGCACCACCUCCGCCUUCAACGCUCCACUCGGGAGAUGUCCAAGACGAUGUUGUUCUUCCUAACGAGCAGCAGCAACAACAUCCCUCACCCAAGCCAUAUGGAGGAGGAGGAUUUGGGACUGAAGCCUCCAACCCCGAUCCCCACGACUACGCGUCGCCAUUUGAUUCGACCGCUCUUGAGGGCAAUGCAGAUGGUGAUAAUGAGGGUGACAUUUUCACUUCCGGUGAGCCGGUGCUUCCGCCUCCGGAGCAAAUGCGGGAGGAAGGCUUUGCACGCCGCGAGUGGCGCCGUCUAAAUGCUAUCCAUCUCGAGGAAAAAGCGAAAAGAGAAAAGGAGAUGCGAAGCCAAAUUAUUGAAGAAGCUGAAGAGUUUAAAAGGGCCUUUUAUGAGAAAAGGAAGCUCACUUGUGAAACUAACAAGACUAACAGCCGAGAAAAAGAGAAGCAUUACUUGGCCAACCAAGAGAAGUUCCACAAAGAAGCAGACAAGCAUUACUGGAAAGCAAUAGCAGAGCUUAUUCCUCGUGAGGUCCCUAAUAUUGAGAAGAAGAGAGGGAAAAAGGAUCCUGAUAAGAAGCCUUCAAUUGUUGUCAUCCAAGGUCCCAAACCUGGAAAACCUACUGAUCUUUCACGAAUGCGCCAAAUUUUCCUGAAGCUCAAACAGACCCCUCCACCACACAUGAUGCCUCCUCCGCCGACACCUGCCAAAGACGAUGCAAAGGACGGAAAGGAUGGACCGGAAGGGAAAGACAACAAGGAAGGGAAAGAUCCAAAGAAUGGAAAAACAAAUACACCAGAAGUCUCCCCUACCAAAGGUGUUACUGCUAAUGGUACAAAGGAUACUUCAACACCAGAGGCUCCUGUUGAACCAACAGUUGAGCAGGCUGCUGAACAUGAGGGUCAACCACCUGCUGAACCGAAGGGUGAGCAACUCGCUGGAGCAGGGCCAGCUCUUACAGAGUGAUGUUACAUCUUCAUUUUUUAUUUUUUAUUUUUAAUUUUUAUU